AAUUUACAAAUUUACCCACAGAAGAUAUAAAACUAUUAAAAAAUAUUCCCAACAUUGGGGUGGGCCCGGUUCUGUAGGGCCUACUUGUUUCUGCCUACUUACUCUAUGAUUACUGUGAUGAUUACCAUGGCAACGUUUGUGUAUAAACAAUGAUGAAUGUCAAUUUCACGAGCCCAAAGUACCUAAAAUAUUGUGUCUUGGGAUAUUAAUUCAAAAAUAUGUGCAAUGGAAAAAGAAUUAGACCCGGUGGUGAUAAAAACUACACAAAGUGCCCUUGGCAAAUAUGUGAAGCGUCCUCCUUUAACGGAAAAACUUUUAAGAAAACCACCGUUUAGAUUUUUGCAUGAUAUUGUAACAUGCGUUUUGAAAACAACAGGAUUCUUUGAAGGUCUAUUCGAUGAAGAGGAGUUGGUAUCCGAAAAUGUAAAAGACAGGGAACAUAAAAUUGUGUUCCUUAACAAAGUAAUUACUGUAGUGAGUUGGACUACAGGAAAACCUCUGUCAGUAAAACCCUCAAAAAUUGUAGCAGGUCAAGAAGCAGAAAAAACGAAUGAAUUGCUGCAAUGCAUAGCACUUGCACUUGAUAAAAAAUUGACGUCUAAUGAAGCAGUAAAAAAGUUUAAAGAAGGCACGAAAACAGCUAAAGCUGACGAGAAGAAAUCGAAAGAUUCUACAAGAUCUGUGAAAAAAUCUACAGAUACUAAUAAAUUGACUUCGAAAAGUAACGAGAAAUUAACGAGCCAAAAAAAGGAGUCAAAUAGUCGAUCUACAACUAAACUUGAAAAUGACAAAACAAGUAAUAAAACAAAAGGAAAAGAAAGGAUUAUACUAAAAAAUGAAUCGCCCCCAAGAAAGACGUCGCAACAAUCAAAACAGAAUUUAUCUAAGAGAGCUUCUUUAGAGAAAAGACAGUCGGAAAAUAAUGAUAUCGAUGUGAAACCAGAACCAACAAAAUUGGUGGUGGUUGCAGACAAUGAAUCUGUAGCUAGAAAUGAAAUACCUCGAAUUUUAAAAGACGGUGAAUUAAGUAAUGAAACACUAUCUAAUACAGAUCAAAACACAACACACAUUGACCUUCUUUCUGAGCGUGAAGAGCCCAACCUUAAUAGCUCAUAUACGAUCGUCGAUAAUGGUUUAAACUCUUCACUGUCUUCUCAAGAUUUAAUGGAUACCGAAAAUAUGAAGUCCCAGAACCAGGAAGAAAAUUUGAAUGGCGAAAAUAUCGUAUCUGUUAAUGAAGAACCACAAAUAAUCAGUGAAGAUACAGCAAUUAAUACCAUAAUAAAACCGAUAAGCUAUGAGGAUGAGAAACAAAACAAAACUGAAAAUUCCGGAAAUGGAAACAAGGCAAAUUUUAUUAAGGAAAAUGAAAGUCAUGAUAAUUAUCCAAUAACUAAGUCUCCUAGUAAAAUUAAAAAUGUUGCUAGGCCAUUAAGUGUCCGGCCAUCGUCUUCAAGGCCUGGCGCCCCUCGGCCAAGAGAUAAACAUGAGAACAUUUUAGUCGAAGCUGAAAAUAUUAUGGUGGGGAAAGUAAACAUAAUAGCAGAAAACGCGCCAAAUGAAGAGGAAGAAGACAACAGUAUCAUUAUUGUGGAACAGGAAAAUCCCUCAGAAAUAGCACAAGAUGAACAGGAACAAAUGCAAUCUUCAUUGAAUGAGCAUGGUCGUCUAGUGCAGCAAAUACUAGAUUCACAAAAAGAAUAUUCGCAAAUGAGUGGGAAAACAGAAAUCGAAUGGCAGUUUGGGGCAAAGAAAGCUAGAGAUGCUUUGAACAAGGAAAUAGAGCAGCUAAGGUUUGAUAUUCAAGCCUUGUCCAGAGUUGCUAACCCGUUAGGUAAACUUUUGGACCACAUACAGGAGGAUGUUGAAGUAAUGCGACAGGAACUGCAUCAGUGGACUAAAACAUACGAAGAAACUUCGAAAGAAUUAUCUGUACAGAAAGCAUUAAAUGAAGAAUCUCUUUUCCCCCUGUAUGCAAAAGUGAAGCAGCUACACGCUGACAUAACAGAAAAACAUGAUAAGAUCAAUGAUUUAAAAAUAAUCAUACAUAAAAAUUCACUAAGAGUAGAAAAACUUUUAGAAAAUGGAAAUGUGCAAUAAUAUCUAGAUCUAGAAUGUAUUUUUUACAAAUUGUGUAAAACCAUUAAAUCUAAUAUUACUUUACCUUA